AACGCCCGGCUCUCACUGUCUGGAUGCUGCUGCAAGGUUACCGGGCUGGACCAACCGAAGCAUCUGCCUGUGUGUCUGCCUGACCGUAUACAGGCUUUAUUGUUCACCACAGCUGAAAGUGAAGGAAAACCGCUUUUUAAGGCUAUAAACAAAGGAAGCUAAACCAUGUCUACCAGCUCAGCAACGGUACGCAUUCUCAUAAAAGGAGGUAAAGUGGUGAAUGAUGACUUCACACAAGAAGCAGAUGUGUACAUCGAGAACGGGAUUAUCCAGCAAGUGGGCAAGGAGCUGAUGAUCCCAGGUGGUGCCAAGGUUAUCGAUGCUACAGGAAAGCUGGUGCUUCCAGGGGGCAUAGACACCAGUGUUCACCUGAACGAGAGCUUCAUGAACGCCAGCACCGCGGAUGACUUCUACAGCGGCACCAAGGCUGCUCUGGCUGGAGGCACCACUAUGGUGAUUGGUCAUGUGCUGCCAGAAAAGAACGAAUCAUUGCUGGACGCUUAUGAAAAGUGCCGCUCCCACGCUGAUGCCAAGGCCUGCUGUGACUACGCUCUUCAUGUGGGAGUGACCUGGUGGGGACCAACGGUUAGGGCUCAAAUGGAGACACUGGUGCGGGAAAGAGGCGUGAACUCCUUCCAGAUGUUCAUGGCAUAUAAGGACAUGUACAUGCUGAGGGACAGCGAGCUGUUUCAGGCCCUGCAGAACUGUAAGGACAUCGGUGCUGUGGCCCGCGUCCAUGCGGAGAAUGGAGAGCUGGUUGCGGAGGGUGCCAGAGAAGCGUUGGAUCUGGGUAUUAUUGGACCAGAGGGCAUUGAGAUAAGCAGACCUGAAGAGCUGGAAGCAGAGGCCAUCCACCGAGCCAUUACCAUCGCUAACAGAGCCCACUGUCCCAUAUAUCUCGUGAAUGUGUCCAGCAUGUCAGCAGGGGAUGUUUUAGCAUCCGCUAAAAUGCAGGGGAAAGUGGUGCAUGGAGAGACCACCACUGCUCAUGCUGUCUUAAACGGGCUGCAGUACUACCACCAGGACUGGGCCCACGCAGCUGCUUUCGUCACUGUGCCACCACUCAGACUUGACCCUAACACACCCAAUUACCUGCUCAGCCUUCUGGGAAAUGACACUCUGAACGUCGUGACAUCGGACCACCGACCCUUCACCACUAAACAGAAGGCGGUGGGCAAAGACGACUUCACCAAAAUCCCUCACGGUGUUCCCGGGGUGCAGGACCGCAUGAGCGUUAUUUGGGAGCGGGGAGUGGUUGGAGGCAAGAUGGAUGAGAAUCGGUUUGUUGCUGUCACAAGCUCCAAUGCUGCAAAGAUCUACAACCUUUACCCCAGGAAGGGCAGGAUCAUCCCUGGAGCCGAUGCUGAUGUGGUCGUCUGGGAUCCUGAAUCAACAAGGACCAUCUCUGUGACCACUCAGUGGCAGGGUGGUGAUGUAAAUCUGUACGAGAACCUACGCUGUCAUGGCGUCCCCCUGGUAACCGUUAGCCGUGGUCGCGUGGUCUAUGAAAACGGCAUCUUCACCUGUGCUGAGGGCUCAGGAAAGUUCUACCCUCUCCGAACCUUCCCAGACUACCUGUACAAGAAAAUGGUCCAGAGGGAGAAGUGUCAAGCACUCAAGGGGGUGGAGCGUGCGCCCUACACUGGAGACGUAGCUGCAGUGCAGAAUUCAGGGAAGAAGGAAGUGGGCCCUUCAGAUGGGGACAUGAACCCACGACCCUGCACGCGCCACGGAGGAAUGAGAGACCUACAUGAGUCCAGCUUUAGUUUGUCUGGGGCCCAAAUUGAUGACAAUGUUCCAAAGAGAGCUUCCGCAAGGAUUCUAGCUCCACCUGGUGGUCGUUCUAGUGGAAUCUGGUAACUUCGGCUCAACACUCACAGAAGUCUGAAACUACAGUAAACACCUACAUUUUUGACAACCUCACACCUGAUGAAAAUUAUUUCAUUUUAAGCACUUGCAAGAAAACUCCUGUGUUUUUAUAUAUAUAUAUAUAUAUGUGUGUGUGUGUGUGUGUGUAUGAGGGAAAAAAAAUAUAUUUGUGUGGAAACUGGAAAACAAGGUAUAUGUUUGAAAUGCUUGUAGGAGAUUGGGGAAUCCAAAAUGUUGCAGGGUGUUUGGUUCUUCAUAUUCAGUCAAAUGAAAUAGUGAAAGUUGUGUUCAAAUGCAAAUGCAACACUGUUGCAGUGCUAAAUAAAUGACAGACCCUUUUACUAAUUUUUUUUGUUACCACAUUAACAACAGUAUGUUUUAUGUAAGCUGCCAUUUAAACAAUUUUAAAGAUAGCGACUGGAGAGUUGUUUAAGAAUGGGAAUGUUAAUAGUUUGUGUAUUUGGUCAUGGCUUGAAAAUGUGAAUCAUUGUAAAGUUAUUUAAUAUGUUUUAAUGUGUUGGCAGAUGACUAUACAUUUACCUCAGUGUUUAUCUCUGGAGUUACACUUCCUUACAUUAGCACUCUGCCUCUCUACACUUACAACUCUUACAGCGACCAAUUACCAACACUUUCUGACAGCAGGAUCAAACCCAUUUUUGCUUUGCAUUGAGGUAUUAAUAUUUAUAUCUUAUUUUUGACACUUAUAAUUCAAAGACAAUACAAGAUAUUGGUUUCAUAUUUCUAGUUUUUACAGAUGUCAUUUAUAAGCACACAUACCUGACCUUCUAAAAUGUGAAUUAAGAAGAAUAACUGUUACAUAUCAAAUUUAGUUGUGUAACUAAUCCAAAAAUGUAUUGAUCUCUCAUUUUUAACUGACCAGAUUUUUUUAUCUGAUAAGUCUACAUUCCCUGUUACUGUAACGGACACUUACAAGUUAUUAUUCAUAACAAUAGCAUCAUUUUGCAUUGUAGCUCUAUGUUUAUUCUAGAGUUAACAGUUAGCUGAACAGUAGUGAAAGUUGAAUUCUAUCAGUUGUUCACUGAACUGUAACACUGUGCAUUAGUGACUAUUGAUCUGCAUGUUCCAAAACAAGUCAGAAGAAUUCUGCUUCACUUCUGAUCAACACUAACCAACCCUGUUAAAAGACAGCAGACAGCUGACUGAGGCAUGUGUUCUUUUUCUACAUGUAUGUCUAACUAAGUACUUGAAAACCUUCUGUAGAGACCAUUGGAAACACAGUAGCUUUAGCUGUACAACUCAACGUCCCGGUGACACAAGCAGUAGAAUGGCAAGAACAUUUCUGUUGGUGCUGAAUAUUCAUGUAUUUUUUUAUUCAGGAUUUUCAGUAUGCUUUUCAAUUUUUUUUAAUAUGAGCUAUGUAUGCACUACAGUUGUAUGUAUUAACGUAUUAUGUUUAUCUCAUGAAAAAGUGCAAAUAAACCCCCUUCAACCUCA